AUGGGUAUGUCUAAAAAAUUAAUGAAGGCUAUAAUUGUGUAUGUGGCUCUUAUUAUGGUGUUCUUCACGUUUGCAUCACUCAAGACCAAUGCUCAAGAAAUAAUAAUAAGCUAUGACGCUCUCGGUCAAGAUCAUGCAUGGGGAUGUAGUCCAAAGUAUCCUAAUUUACCAGCUUGUCAGAGACAAAGGGUCAAUCCCUAG